UGUUCUUUCUCUGUUCUCCCUGUUUUCUUGGAGUAACUGUAUGGGAAGAUGAAGAAGCGAGGAUGCUGGGGGCUUCCGUGGCAGACCACAAGGGGCACCGGUCGGACCCCUGGCCGAGGAACCAAGAUCCUGCUUGUGUCUCUGCACAGCCAAGAAAAGAAGCGGGGCCUGGGGGGAAGCAGCGGAAGAAGCAGCGGAAGCUCGGGGGGCAGGUCUGGCUCCGUGGGGCAGGCCUGUUCUCGGCGGCACGUGUUUCUGUCCUCCCCACGUUCCCACUUCUCCCUCUGGACGAGGUCAGCCCACUUACCAUGCUGGGUUGUUCCAGUUGAUGACCUCUUGCUGACCUUUGGACUUCCAUCCGAGGUCCCGUGGCUUCAGCAGCCUCUCUCUCCUGCGCUGGCCUCUCCCCCGGAUCCCUGGCGGCAGUUCCUGGUCCCACCGGCCAUGAGCUGGAGGCCACGGGGUCAUCCUGGAAGCCUCGACCUCCCCCCGCCCCCUGUGGUCUCUCCCCCGGGUUUACCUCUUAGCCGUGCUCAGCACCUUCACUGCUCCCUGUCAUGGAAACACGGCUUUAAUUCAGGCCCUCGUUAACUCUGCCUAGCGCGGUAUCUCCCUGACCGGCUCCCUGGCCCCCAGUCUUGGAGUCAGGGCUCUUCAAGCUUUCUGUGAAGGGCUGGAUAGUAAACAGCGGAGUCUCUCUUGGCCAUGAGGGUCUCCCCUUCAACUACUCAACUCUGCUGUUGUUCUGUGAAAGCAGCUGUAGAAAAUACAUCCAUUAAUGGGUGUGAACUUGCCCCAAUAAUACUGUAUUUACAAAACCAAGUGGUAGGCUAGGUUUGGCCUACAGGCUGUAGUUUAGCCACUCUUGUCUGAAACCCAUUCUUUGCAGUGUAGCCAGACUCUUCUACAAAAUGCAGCUUUGACACUGCAGCUCAGCUUGUUUAGGCGUUUAAAUUUCCUGUGGCGGCGGAAGGACAUGCUCCUCCGCAUGUGUGGAUUGGGUGUGGAUUGGAGGCCGGCCUGGCCCCUGCCCUGUCCCACCCCUUUCCCGGCUCCUUCCCCGGGCCGCGCCCCUGGUGUGCCCGCGCAAGCUGCACUCAGUUCCCCCUGUCUUGCUGUGCCGUCCUUUCUUUGUGGGUGGAGAGUCUAGUGCUCAAAAUAGCCUUUCAUCUUUUUCUCCUCCUGCUGUUGAUGUUAGACUGAACGUUUUAUAUUGGUGGUUAAGCAGACGUCUCCUGUGAAAACAUUCUGAUGGAAAACCUGAAACAACUGACCCCAAAAGCCAGGUCCGUGUUGGGCCAGAGCACCGUCACUCUGCUCACUGCAGCCUUGCCAGUGUGAGUUAGAAUUCGGGGCUGGGGUGGGGGGAGUAGCCCCCAUGCUGGGCUCGGCCGUGUGCGGUCUGCUGCACGGCCCCAUCCAGGGUCUUCGAGGGCAGGAGCCAGCAAAGGUGCGGUGUCCCAGCAGGGUUUGUUUGUUUUACUGAGCAAUAAAUACAUUUUUAAUUUAUUUAUUUGGUUGCAUCAGGAUCGUCACUGUGGCAUGAGGGAUCUUCUGUUCUGUGCACGGGCUUCUCUCUAGCUGUGGUGUGUGAGCUUAGCUGCUCCUUGCCGUGUGGGGUCUUAGUUCCCUGACCAGGGAUCAGACCUGCAUCCCCUGCGUUGGCAAGCGGAUUCUUAACCACUGGAUGACCAGGGAAGUCCCCAGCAAUAAAUAUUUUAAUUUCUGUUUUAUUUUUUAUGAUGACAAUCUUUAAGUUUUUUUUUUUCUUUUCCAAAUACAAAGCUAAACCACGAGCAGGUGCAACUGAGACGUUUCAUCUCGCACGUGCACACUCCCUUUGAAUCCUCCAAGUGUGAGGCCAGGGCGGGGGCGUCGAGUGACUCCUUGAAGUGGAAACUGUUAGUUAAUGUUGUUCUCUGGAAGGACUGAUGCUAAAGCUGAAGCUCCAGUGCUUUGGCCACCAAGAUGCAAAGAGCCAACUCAUUGGGAAAGACCCUGAUGCUGGGAAAGAUUGAGGGCAGGAGGAGAAGCGGGUGGCAGAGAACAAGAUGGUUGGAUGGCAUCACUGACUCAAUGGACAUGAGUUUGGGCAAACUCUUGGAGAUGGUGAAGGGCAAGGAGGCCUGGUGUGCUGUAGUCCAAGGGGUUGCAAAAAGUCGGACAUGACUGACCGACCGAACAACAACUGUUACUUUUACCGUUUUGUGGAGGAGGUGACUGAGGGCAAGCUGUUUGACCAGAAUCACACAGUGAGUAAGUGGAGGGGGCCCAGGUCCCGUCCUGGAGAAUGGGUCCCAGGCCACGGCCACGAGCCCUCUCCUAACAGAUGGGGAAGUUGUUCUGGGUCUUUUGUUAAUAUUGUGGAUUCUUACUGAUGGCGUGACUGAGUAUUGAAAGACGAGCCUUAAUUAGAUAUCAGAUUAGUUUGGUAAGAAAACAGGAAGGAAUGUGUUGAAGGAAGGACUCAUGGAGGGAUCUGCCCGCUGUGUCAGCUGUUUGAACGGUUACCAGCUUGCAGUGAUGGAAAUGCUGUGUGUAUGGCGGGGGGGAGUGACGGGUGUGUCUGCCCCUCGGGCCAGAACCCGCAUGUGUGAUACCUGAGUGUAGGGGUCCCACAGAACCCAGGGAAGAGGAAGUUUGUGUAAUGAAUGGUGUUGGAGAAAGUAAGUACUUUUAGCCCAAACAGGUCAAUUUAGAUUCAUGCUCCUUUUAAUUUGAAUAUAUUCCAAAUGGAUCAGGUUAAUUAUUAAGAAUCAGUUGUUCCUGAAGUAAAAAGUUAAGUACAUCACUCCCAACUGUAGAAAGUCUAGUAGGAUAAAAGGGAGCCUCCAUUAUCGGAGUAGUGGCGAGUACCUGCGCUUGCCAGUAAGGGCAGAGGAUUCAAGGACGUCAGAACCGACACUGUCUGGCUUGGGUAGCGUUCUCCGUGGUCUCUCCUGGAAAGGAGAGUUUGCUGAGGAGACAGGGAAGUGCCGAGACCUGGGCGCGGGCCGCGCUGACCCCAGUGUCCCGGGAGCCCCGCACACCUCCCCCCUCCCGUGUGCACUCCACUCUGCCCCCUGCUUCGGCCUUCUCUUGCUGUGAAUGGGCUUUCCCUCCCAGGUCCGAGGAGGUCAGCAGCCCGAGGCUCCUCCCAGGCCGGCUCUGUCUAGGGAGCGGGGCAGCUCCACACACAGUGCCCAGCAGGCCCGAGGGCUGGGCAGGCAGAGGGGCCCGCGUCCCGAGACACUUUAGCAGUGGACCGCGGGAUGGGGGGUUUGUGGCAGAGAUGGGGAGGCAGUCUGGACUCUGUGAAAAGCCUUAACAAAUUCGUAGAAGUAACAGGACACCUACAGAUGAAUAAUGUGACUCCAAGAAAAAAAUUUGCUCAAACUCUAUAUUUUGCAGUGCGUGUUAAACCAGCAGCCAGGCCUCGUUUGACACUUACUGAAUUCAAGGGGAAGACAUUUUCCCAGCUCCCUUCCAGAAGGAUUCAGCUGCAUUAAGUACGCAUAUGCCAGGAGGCAGGGAAAUUCUGGCCACAGAAUAUCUAAGAAUUUAUCUUGGAGAAAGGGCUCUCCGUGCCCCAUGCGGCGGCGUCCCUCAUAACCAGCGGUGGGAGCAUCUGUGCCGCGCCACGCUAGGUUGGCUUUGGUUGUGUCCGAAUCUUUUGCGGCUGUCGCCCACCAGGCUCUUCUGUCCAUGGGAUUGUGCGGGCAAGAGUCCACAGAGUGGGUUGCCGUGCCCUCCUCCAAGGGAUCUUUCCGACGCGGGGAUCCAGUCUGCAUCUCCUGCAGCUCCCGCAUUGUAGGUGGAUUCUUUACCAUCUGAGCCAGCAGGGAAGCAUCUAAUAAUUUUAGAUAAGAUAAGGCCAUGGGGGCCCACUGGCUCUAGACAUUCACUGGAAUGUUCUGCAGCAGUGGAGAAAAAUUGUUGACUUAAUUUCAAGUGCAAAAAGCAGAAUACCAUGGCUUCAUCUCUGCCUGUCCCCAGAUUGAACCUCGCUUGCAGGGCAGGUGUGGGAGGCCUCUCGCCCCUCAUUCCUUUCACUGUGGCUGGAGUGUUUGUGCAGGUGUGGGGGGGUGCCGUCAAGAUGGGUUUACUUAGUCAGCUGGUGUUUAUGAAACACCCUCUAGGUUCUCAGGGAACGUGUAAUCAAUUAGGUUGUUCCACCCAUCUUUUUCAUUUUACCUAUUCAGUGUCACAUGGCACUGUUGACAGAUGUGGAAUCCAAAUUACUCAGCAGUCAUGGUGCAUCUGCUUUAUGCUGAGCGUCACCCGGGAACGUUUGGGCAGGACCCCAAACUCGACCAGUAGCUGAAGGUGGCACCCUGCCUGUCCUUAGCACCCCGGGGCCCCUGCCCCUCUGCCUGCAGUGGUGAUGGGUGCGCCCCUCUGUUUCCGGCCCGGCCCGCCUGCCACGCGGCUAUGACUCCGUUUGUCUCAAAGCAGCCUUGUGAGGUGUGCUGUGGUGAUCCACGUCCUGGAGAUGGGAGACGCCACAGGCUGGCUGCGGGCCAGUGAGGGUCAGAACCCUGUCCAGGGAGCCGCCACCUGCUGUGCCCAAACGGCGCUGCCCUCCUCCUCCACCCCUCCCGUCCUGGGAGCGGCUGGGGACGCUGGAGGAGGGCGCCCACUCGCCUCUCCCUGGAGGACCGCCGGGGCCCACCCCCUGAGGCUGCCAGCCCCGUGCCCCCGCCCUGCCUGCCCCUCCCACUCAUGCCGGGCUCCCCGCUUGGUGUCUGCAGACCCUCAUUGGCUCUGCCUGGGCUGCCCCCCUUUCUCUGCCCUGCGGGAUCCUAUUCAUCCUUCAAGACCCAGCCAGACGGUCACCUUCCCUGGAGCCUUCAGCGUCCCUCUCCUCCUUGGGCGGCGGCUGUUCCCCCUCUUUCCCUGGUUAGCAUCCAUGCAUUGGUUGAUUUCCAGUGUUUUUCCAACGCCCACCACAUCCCAGGCUAGUCUGGGGGCUAGUGGGGACAAGAGAGCCGUGGCCCCACCUUUGUGGGCUGGUUUCCUCAGGUGGGGUGGGAGGGUGCCCCGCUCAGGCAGUGCUCUUCACACCCUGGUCAUUGACCCCUGGAGAAGGAAGAAGCUGGGAGGGCAGACGGAGUGGGCGUUUCCACAGGGGCCUCCGGGAAGCCUCUCGUGGGGAAGGCAGUGGGGGAGGUUGGCAGAGGAUCUUGUAGAUGGAGGUUUUGAGGAGCAGCAGGGGCCUGAGUCAGAGGAGCGAGGACUUCACGCAGGCAGGGGUGUCCAGGUGGCACGCGGGCCCCUCGUUAGGCUGGCAGGGACGUGGCCCUUGUCUCCUGUCUGGGGAUGGCCACGAUCGUGCUGUGCGGCGCAGCGCUGGCCACGGCCCUCCUGUUUCUCUAAAGCUGUGCCUGGGGAUUGCCUUCCCGGCUCUGUCUGUGUCUCCCCCAAAUCCUGGUGGGCUGGAAGCGUCAGCGUCACUCUGCAUUCGGGAGACUCGGCCUCCACCUGGAGAUGGUAUCCGUCGGGGGCGGGUGGACUCACCUUCCACGUGGGUGCGCGCUGCACAGUGCAGGAGCUUGGGCCUUCUAAGCCCGAGUGCCCCCCCCCACGUGGUUGCCUUCCUUCACCCAGAGCCCCGGUCUGCUGGGCCGUCCUGCGUCACAGGAGCCCUACUGCGCACCCCGGCAGGCUGUGGCCCCUGUUCUGUGUGGCCUGGCAGGUCUGGUGGGCGUGUGGGGGUGCAGGGGAGCCCCAAGAGUGGGCGCCGCGCUGGGCAUCUCCUCCCGUGAGGUGACCAGGGUCUAAUGAUAGAGGAAGAUAGUUUUUCCUCCCUAAGUCUUUUUUUAUCACUGAGACAUAAUCCGCUUACCACAGAACGCACACUUUAAAAGUGUCCAGCUCAGCAGGUUUAGUGCUGACUAGAUUGUACACCCAUCACCACCGUCUGAUCCCCGAGAAGAAAGUCUGUACCCACUGGCAGUCGUUCCCAGCUGCCUCCUCCCACCAGCCCCCGGCAGCCACCACUCCUGUCUCCAUGGGUUUAUCUAUUCUGGACGUUCCCAGAUAAAUGGCAUCCCAUACAGGCACCCCUUAUUUGUACUCUGAAGAUGCUGUGGUUGUUUUACAGAUUAGAUGUUUUAUAGAGCAGGUCUGUUGGCACAGUUUUUACAACAGCAGUAUUUUGUAAUUAAGUUAUGUAUGUUUUUUAGGAGAUAAUGCUAUUGCACACGUAAUAGACCACAGUAUGGUGUAAACAUACCUUUAAAAGAAUGUUUAUUUGGCCACGCUGGGUCUCAGUUGCAGCACCCAGGGUCUUCUUUGUGGCGUACAGACCUAGCUGUGGCUCAGGAGCUUAGCUGUUCCUCGGCAUGUGGAAUCUUAGUUCCCCGACCUGGGACUGAACCCUCGUCCCCUGCAUUGCAAGGCGAAAUUCUUAACCCCUGGACUACCGGGAAGUCCCUAGAAUUGUUUUAAUUUUAUUUUCAAAUUGUAUGUUGCAUGUGAAUCAGAACACAGCUGACGUCUGUGUAUUGACGGUGCAUCCUGCAGCCCCGCUGGACUCAUCCACUAUCUCUCGUGAUCGUCUGUAGAACCUUCUCCUUAAGUCUUGAUGUUCAAGUUCUAUUUAAU